UCUCCAGAAGGAAGUAACUGCGGUAGAGCUUCGUGUUCAAAACACUGUCAACGGAUCAACAACAAAAACAAGCAGCGCGAUCUGCUGACCUUUGUCAUUGUAUUUUGGAGUCAGGGGCUGUGGGACACCCCCAGCCCUGACCCACGAGGCCGCAGGUUAAGAGAUCCAUUCCUGGAUGCUGUACAUUCAUAGCCAUCGGGGGACUAGGAUCAAAACCCUACAGGAGGCCCACCAUCAAUGUGCUCCUAGUUGCCCUCCAGAUCAAAACUGAAGGUGUGAGAGUGUGAGGAGAGGUGAGAUGGAGUCAGAGGAGACAGAAGGACGCACUUUAGUGCAGGUAAUCAGUGAGAAGUACAGCCCGGAAAACUUCCCAUACUGCCGUGGGCCAGGAGUUGGAGUGGUGAUCCGGUCGAGUCCCCAGGGUUCACCUGUCAAAGAUCGUCUGAAUCUGCCCAGAAUCCUGGUUCUGGAUAGUUGUGGAAUCACAGAGGCCGGAGAUGAAGAGGAGGUGGCCACUUUCUGUGCUCACGUGGUUGAGUUAGACCUCUCUCACAACCAGUUAAAAGACUGGGGAGAGAUAAGUAAGAUCCUGUCUAACAUCCCUAACCUAGACUUUCUCAAUCUGAGUAUGAAUCCACUGAGAGGGUCAAGCCUUGAGCCUGGAGCUGCUGAAGCGUUCUCAGGCCUCCGCCGCCUUGUGCUCAAUAACACGCAUGUCACCUGGGACAUGGUGCACACACUUACACGAGAGAUCCUAGAGCUGGAGGAAUUGUUUUUGUGUCUGAACGAGUAUGAGAGCGUGAGUGUAUCAUCUAUACCGUGCCCGUCCCUGCGCCUGCUGCAUAUCACAGAUAACCAGCUGCAGAAUUGGGCGGAGGUUCGUAAGUUGGGCCUUAUAUAUCCAGGCCUGGUGUCUCUUAUUCUGGCAAACAACUCCCUCUCGUCUAUCCACGAGCCUGAGGACUCUCUACUGAGACUCUUCCCCAACCUGCGCAGCAUCAACCUACACAACUCAGGUCUAUGUUGCUGGGAGGACAUUGAGAAACUGAAUUUCUUCCCAAAGCUUCAAGAGGUCAGAGUGAUGGGUAUUCCUUUACUGCAGCCCUACACCGAUCAGGAGAGACGUUAUCUUAUGGUAGCACAGUUGCCUCAUGUGACUGUAUUGAACGGCAGUGUUGUCACUAAUGGAGAAAGAGAGGAUGCAGAACGCUUUUUCAUCCGCUACCACCUGGACUGCCCUGAGGAUGAGCUACCCCAGAGGUGUUUAGGAUGGUCAGAACAGGCACUUUAGUCUCUCUUCUCCAGCUCUUCAGCACCCUUGCUCCCAGAGGAGCUUUUUCUCAGGAUACCCUCUACCCCUUUGGACCCGCUCACAGGGAUUUAGAAACCCCUAAG